AUGGAAGAUUUGAAGAAGGAAUUUGAAAAAGCAGCAGCAUAUAUCAGGGCUGUUGCACUAAAACUAGACACAAAGGAUCUCACUUAUCUCUAUGCAAGAUAUAAGCAAGCUCAAGAAGGGCCUUGCAACAUUGCUAAGCCAGGAUUCUUCGAUUUCCAAGGGAAAAUCAAGUGGGAAGCCUGGAAAGAACUUGGAGAAAUGGAUGGGAUGAGAGCAAUGGAGGAAUAUGUGGCACAUGUAUCAAUGAUAGCUCCAGAAUGGCAGGAAUCUUCUGGCGAUACCUCCACUACCACUCAUAAUAUGGGAGUCAGUGUCAGUCGUCCUGCAGUUGUUGACAUUGAUAUACCAGAUAGUGUGAAAACAGUGUUCGAUUGGGUCAAAGAUGGGAACUUGGAUGCCUUAAAAGCAUACAAGGAUGAGGAAUUCCAGGUCACAGAUGAAGAAGGAAUGUCACCUAUUCACUGGGCCAGUGACAGGGGUUUCCCAAAUAUUGUGCAGUAUCUGAUUGAAAGGGGUUGUGAUCCAAAUUCCAGAGAUGGGGAGAAGCAAACUCCACUUCAUUAUGCUUGCUCUUGUGGCCACAAGGAUGUGGUAAUUGUUCUGUUGAAGAGUGGAGCUGACAGGACACUUCGUGAUCUGGAUGACCUUUCUCCUGUAGAUGUAGCUAAUGAAGAGGAUGUUCUAUCUCUUCUCAAGGCAUGA